UAGGGCAGGCCAUCUUUUAUCGAAGGUUUAGGGUUCUUGGGCGAUGGCGAACGAGGAGGAGGACGCUAGCGAGCUCAAGCUUGGCGAGGAUUUCUUGAAGGAGAAAUGCCUGAUGAAUGCCGAAGUGGCCAAAAUCCUCCAGCACAAGUACGACACUGCGAAUCAAAUGAGCGACGAUCCUUCCAGUCAGUUGUCCCAAGUCUUCGAGAAGUCCUUCGCUUAUGUGAAGCGCUUCAGCCGCUACAAGAAUCCGGAGGCUGUCCAGCAAGUUCGAGAAGUUUUAAGCAGGAACCAGCUCGCAGAGUUUGAGGUUUGCGUGCUUGGGAAUUUAUGCCCAGAGACUGUCGAAGAAGCCACUGCUUUAGUCCCGUCCAUAGCUAAAAAAGGCCGCUUGGACGACGAAAGAAUCGAACAGAUGCUCGCGGAUCUCGCAAGAAUCAAAACAUUCGAGUGAAAAUAAACUUCUCUAUGUGCUCGCAAAUCAAAACAUUCUCUGUGCAGUAUAUACGACUUCAAAUUCCAGAGAA